AUGCCCACGGCCAAUUCAGCAGCGGCCAAGAAGGCGUCUUCAAUGAGGGCGCUUACAGCGAGAAUGAAGGAAAUUCAAUUAUCAUUCAAUGACAUCUGGAGGUUUAUGCAAGAAUUCAAGGAAUCCAAUACAGCAACCGAGGUGCAGGUACGCCUUGCUAAAUUGGAGGAGCUCUGGGAAGGUUUUAGCGAUGUGAUGGUGGAGAUUUUUGCACACGAUAACUACAGUGCAGAAACUAGUGGUUUAGAAAAAGAGCGAAUGGAAUUCAGCGACCGUUAUUACGAAGUCAAAUCCUUUCUGGUGGACAAGACUAAGGAGCUUGAAGAGCCACAUCGAUUAGCAAAUUCAACCCGAGUAGGAGAUGUUACAACGCACGGUGGUAUGGACCACGUCCGGUUGCCGCAAAUUAAAUUGCAAAGUAUUAAUGGAGACAUCGAUGAGUGGUUGAGUUUCCGAGAUUUGUUUACAUCGCUCAUUCACUGGAAGGAAGAUCUACCGGAAGUAGAGAAAUUCCAUUAUCUCAAGGGGUGUUUGCAGGGAGAGCCAAAGAGUUUAAUCGAUCCGCUGCAAAUUACGAGAGCCAACUAUCAGGUAUCCUGGGAGUUGCUACUUAAACGGUACAACAAUUGUAAACAGCUUAGGAAGCGCCAGGUUCAAGCGCUUUUCAGUUUGCCCACACUGACCAAGGAAUCAGUAUCCGAUCUGCAUACUCUCAUUGAAGGCUUCGAGAGAAUAGUGCAGACCCUGGAUCAAGUAGUUCAACAGGCGGACUACAAGGACUUCCUUCUAGUAAACAUUCUUACGGCACGAUUGGAUCCGGUCACUAGAAGGGGGUGGGAAGAGGUUUCAUCAGCAAAGGAACAGGAUACUUUAGCGGAUUUGACGGAAUUUCUACGACGUAGGGUACAGGCUUUGGACUGCCUACCAUCCAGGUGCACUGACACUAGGGGUGUCCCGCAACAACAUCCAAGGCAGAAACAUUCCAUAGCUAGGAAAAUGACAGUGGUGGAAAGAGAUGCAUUAUUAAAAACUCAUGCUCUUUGCCGCAAUUGUUUCCGAGUUGGCCAUCAGGCGAAAAAUUGCACAUCCAAAUAUUCGUGUAGAAACUGCAGAGGUCGUCACCAUACGUUAGUUUAUUUCAAUCAAAGGGAGAAGGAAACCAAGGUUGCAGCGGUUGCAAGGGAUAAUACACUACCUUCCAAGGACUCGGACAAUCCAGCCUCUACCCAAACGGCUAAUAUGGCAGCCGUGAAUAUUCAGGUAUCCGGAGCAGCUCGUCAGCGUGCUUCCCAUGUGCUUCUGGCCACAGCAGUUGUCACGGUCAAAGACGAUGAUGGCAAUCGGUUCCCUGCCCGCGCAAUGCUGGAUUCAGGAUCAGAAAGUAAUUUUAUCACCGAACGGUUAAGCCAACGUUUAAAGGUGACUCGUGAUCGGGUUAAUAUAUCGGUCGUCGGGAUAGGUCAAGCUUCAACCACAGUAAAACAGAGGUUAAAAACGUUGAUACGGUCUCGAGUUUCACUGUUCUCGCGCGAACUAAGCUUUCUAGUUCUUCCAAAAGUGACAGUUAGUCUUCCUACUACAACAAUUGAUACGGAAAGAUGGAACAUCCCGAGCGGCAUCCAAUUAGCCGAUCCAGCAUUCUUCGAAUCCCAUGGGGUGGACUUAGUGAUAGGUAUUGAAGCAUUCUUUGAUUUCUUUGAAACUGGCCGAAGGAUUUCGUUGGGAGAGCAACUACCUACACUAAAUAAAUCGGUCUUCGGUUGGGUAAUUUGCGGUGGUUCUGCAGCACCAAGCCAACCCUGGCAAAUUAGAUGCGAUGUGUCCACUUCAGAACAGCUAGAUACAUUAAUCUCUCGCUUCUGGGCUUGUGAAGAGGUGGAUAAUGUUAGAACUUAUUCACCAGAAGAACGACGAUGUGAAGACAUUUUCACACAGACGGUACAACGCAACACAGAUGGGCGUUACACCGUUGCCUUACCGAAAAGGAAGGACAUCCUAUUCAACCUGGGCGAUUCAAGGAGCAUCGCAUUCAAACGUCUUCAGGGAACCGAACGUAGACUGGCAAGAGAUGAAAAUUUGCGAAAGGAAUAUACCACUUUUCUGGACGAAUAUCGGCGACUCGGGCACAUGCAGAGGAUCGACGACACGGAUUCGGUUCAACGAUGCUACUUGCCGCACCAUCCCGUCGUCAAAGAAUCUAGUACCACCACUAAGGUCAGGGUCGUGUUCGAUGACUCAUGUAAAACGGCCACUGGGGUCUCUCAACGACGUUUUACUGGUGGGGCCAGUGGUACAGGAAGAUCUUCGUUCAAUUAUCCUGCGAAGUAG